GGCGUCCAGGGGGCCGGGCCGGGCCGGGGCGGAGCGGGGCGGCGGCGGCAUGGCGGGACGGCGGGCCGGGCCCCGGGCCGGAGCGCUGCUGGCGCUGCUGGCCUUGCGGGCGCUCGGGGCGGCGGCGCACCCGCAGUGCCUGGACUUCAGGCCGCCCUUCCGGCCGCCGCAGCCGCUGAGCUUCUGCGCGCAGUACUCGGCCUUCGGCUGCUGCGCGCCCGAGCGGGACGCCGCGCUGGGCCGCCGCUUCUGGGCGCUGGCGGCGCGCGUGGACGCGGGCGUGUGGGCCGAGUGCGCCGGCUACGCGCUCGACCUGCUGUGCCAGGAAUGCUCGCCCUACGCAGCCCACCUCUAUGACGCCGAGGACCCGUCCACGCCCCUGCGCACCCUGCCUGGGCUCUGCGAGGACUACUGCCUGGACAUGUGGCAGACCUGCCGGGGCCUGUUCCGCCACCUGUCGCCCGACCGCAAGCUCUGGGCCCUGGAGGGCGACCGCGCCAAGUUCUGCCGCUACCUGUCCCUGGACGACACGGACUACUGCUUCCCUCGCCUGCUGGUCAACGAGAACCUCAACUCGAACCUGGGCCGCGUGGUGGCCGACGCCAAGGGCUGCCUGCAGCUGUGCCUGGAGGAGGUGGCCAACGGGCUGCGCAACCCCGUGGCCAUGGUCCACGCCCAGGACGGCACCCACCGCUUCUUCGUGGCCGAGCAGGUGGGGCUGGUGUGGGCCUACCUGCCCGACCGCUCCCGGGUGGAGAAACCCUUCCUGAACAUCAGCCGGGCGGUGCUCACCUCGCCCUGGGAGGGCGACGAGCGGGGCUUCCUGGGCAUGGCCUUCCACCCCCGCUUCCGGCACAACGGCAGGCUCUACGUCUACUACUCCGUGGGGGUCGACUUCCACGAGUGGAUCCGCAUCAGCGAGUUCAGGGUCACGGAGAACGACACCAACGCCGUGGACCACAGCUCUGAGAGGGUAAUCCUGGAGAUUGAAGAACCAGCCGCGAACCACAACGGGGGCCAGCUGCUCUUUGGGGACGAUGGGCACCUCUACAUCUUCACCGGAGAUGGCGGGAUGGCCGGAGACCCCUUUGGGAAGUUUGGAAAUGCCCAAAACAAGUCGGCGCUGCUGGGCAAGGUGCUGCGCAUCCACGUGGACGGCACUGAGCGCGGCCCGCCCUACCGCGUCCCGCCCGACAACCCGUUCGUGGGCGACCCCGCCGCGCGGCCCGAGGUCUACGCCCUGGGGGUGCGCAACAUGUGGCGCUGCUCCUUCGACCGCGGCGACCCGGCGUCGGGCGCGGGCCGCGGGCGCCUCUUCUGCGGCGACGUGGGUCAGAACAAGUUCGAGGAGGUGGACCUGGUGGAGCGCGGCCGCAACUACGGCUGGCGCGCGCGCGAGGGCUUCGAGUGCUACGACCUCAAGCUGUGCGCCAACGCCUCCCUGGAUGAUGUGCUGCCCAUAUUCGCCUACCCACACAAGCUGGGCAAGUCGGUCACCGGCGGCUACGUGUACCGGGGCUGCGAGUACCCCAACCUGAACGGCCUCUACAUUUUCGGCGAUUUCAUGAGUGGGCGCCUGAUGUCCCUCCGAGAGAGCCCGGGGCCGGGCCAGUGGCAGUACAGCGAGCUCUGCAUGGGCCGCGGCCAGACCUGCGAGUUCCCGGGCCUCAUCAACAACUACUACCCACACAUCAUCUCCUUCGCGGAGGACGAGGCCGGGGAGCUGUACUUCAUGUCCACGGGCGUGCCGAGUGCCACAGCAGCUCGUGGGGUCAUCUACAAGAUCAUCGACCCCUCCAGACGGGCACCCCCUGGCAAGUGUCAGAUCCAGCCCGCCCAGGUGACGGUGAGGAGCCGCCUCAUCCGCUUUGUGCCCAAAGAAAAGUUCAUCCGGAGGGCUGAGAGCACCCCAGGGCCCACAGCGCCCGCGCCCACGCCCACGAAGGUGCCCAGCCGCCGCCGCCCCACAGCCCCUCCCCCCGGGCCCACCCUGCGCCCAGCGAGGCCCACCCUGCGCCCAGCAAGGCCCACCCUGCGCCCAGCAAGGCCCACCCCGAGCCCAGCGAGGCCCACUCGGCGGCCUGGCGGCCGGAGGGUCAGCGGCCGGCGGCGGGGCCAGCCUGGCACCGAGAACUCUGCGCCCUUGAAUGGGGCCGUGCGCCUGGUGCGGCCCGCGGGCCUGAGCCCGGGCCGCGGGCGUGUGGAGGUGUUUGCAGGCGGGCGUUGGGGCACGGUGUGCGACGACGGCUGGGACAUAAAGGCCGCCGCCGUGGUGUGCCGCCAGCUGGGCUUUGCCCACACCGUGCGGGCCACCAAGGGCGCGGAGUUCGGGGAGGGCCGCGCGCUGCCCAUCCUGCUGGACGACGUGCGCUGCGCGGGCGAUGAGAAGACCCUGCUGGAGUGCAGGCACAGGGGCCUGGGCACGCACAACUGCCGACACGAGGAGGACGCGGGCGUCAUAUGCAGCCAUCAGGACCCCGACCGCGGGCGAGGGUAGGGGUCCGGCCCGGCUGUCCUGCCUCGGGUCGGAGCCUGGCAGGGCCCUCCACCCGUGUGUGCCUGGGGCGUGCGCCGGAGGGAGGGUGGAGGCGGCCAUGGGUGUCGUGUAGAGGGUGGCGCAUCUGAAUGCGGCUCUCACUGAGGUGUGCACGGUGCACGGUGUUCUCUGUGUGUCCCUGUUCACGUGUCCCGUGUGUGCGGGGCCCGGGCCCUGCAGGGUUGGUCCUGGUCUUUUCUUGCCUCCGAGCAGCGGCAUGAACACCGUCUGGCCUGGGGACCCUGAGCACUGAGGGCAGCCACCCCUUAAGGACAGACAUGGCCCCUGGCUGUGUUAACAGAGGCCAGGCUGGUGGACCGGGGGAGGGGACCAGGCCUGCCCUGCCAGGGCUGGAGCAGAAGGCCCCAGAGCAGCCGAGGAAUGUGUGGCUGAGGAGUGUGGCCCCGCAGUCAGAGGCGCUGCGGAGAGCGGGAAGGCAUCGUGGCUGCCCCCAUGAGGGUCAGGCUGCCUGGGAGGAAGCAGUGUCUGGGGGAGGGCGGGCUGGCUGGGGGGGACUGGGUGACCCUGGGGCAGUGGUCGGCAAACUCAUUAGUCAACAGAGCCCAAUAUCAACAGUACAACGAUUGAAAUUUCUUUUGAGAGCUAAAUUUUUUAAACUUAAACUAUAUAGGUAGGUACAUUGUUAUUAACUUAAUUAGGGUGCUCCUAAGCUGGCCUUUGCUAAAAAAUGUCCUCAAUCUGAUUGAGGUACGUUUGCUGAGGUCGACCCCUUCCAACUCUCCUAUCCUCAACUCGUGCAUGAAUCGCGAGCCCCUCCCCCUCGCUGCGUAUCCCGGGGCCCGCCUGCGCCCCGUCUCCCUUUGCCCGACUGACCCACACCCCCCACUUCUUCUAACGCUGCCUCUUCAAAAUAGACUCGCCCGGGCCGAAAACCGACUUCUGCGCGUGGGCCACCAAGUUUCAGUCGCACUGUACGUGCGCGCCCGCACGUGGUAUUUUGUGGAAGAGCCACACUCAAGGGGCCAAAGAGCCACAUGUGGCUCGCGAGCCGCGGUUUGCCAACCACUGCCCUGGGGGAAGCCUCCUGGUCGCCUGGGACCUCAUCAUGACAUUGGGCCCCUGUGGAUACUUUGGGGGGCGGGGGACGGUUGUGUGUACUGGGACACCCAUCCCUAAGGCUUGAGUCUGCCCUGCUCCUCAGGACAAGCCACCAGCCCCUCCUAGUUCCCAGGUCCCAAGUCCCAGGUCCCAGGUGAGUGGGGGGCUCCAGGCUUCUCCGCUCACCUUCAGGACUGCAUCCCAGCCUGUGGGCCACCUGUGUGACCUCCAAGCCCAGCCCUGCUCAGUGAGCCCUCCCUUCCCGCCAGCCCCACGAGGGGUGACCGGGGCUGGGGCCCAGUGAGACUACUGAAGCUCUGUCUCCAGGGCCUGUGCCGCCAUGUGACUGUUUACAACCCCUUCCUGCCUCUUUCUCGGCGCCCCGCCUGCCUGGGAGUUGGUGUGGGGGCCGACUCUGCAGCCUCUCUCUGAGUCUCUGUGACCACGGGUGGCCUUGGCCCUGGCUUGUGCCAGGCCUGUGGAGGGGCGUCAGGGACAUAAGCAGAUGGUCACUGGGCAGUGAGAGCGGAGUGGGCACUAGGGGCCGUGUGGCGGCCAAGGAACCAGCUCCGAGUGUAGAGUCCGGGCUGCGGGGCCACCUCUCCGACUCCUACCUCUGCCCUGAGCUGGGCGUCCUGGGCCCCGGCCCUCGUGGCGUGUCGGGCCCCGUUGAGCCCCUGGUGGAAACCUCCAUUAGCCCCGCCACAGCGUGUCACCUCUGUGCUGGUCACCGCUGCGAGACCGCACAGCAACGAAGGUGCACAGAGGCUAGACAUCUUAAAUGGGGGCACCCCGACAGGGAGGGAAGAAACCAAACUUGAACCCAAGCAGCCUAGCCCCCGGGCCUGCCGGCACCCUCGCCACUGCACUCCCAAGAACGCUCCGCUGCGCCCAGAAAGGUCGGCUUGGUGCCUUCCCACCCUCCAUCCAGCCAAACUCCUCACUGUGCAGAGGGGAGCGCAGUCCUGGAGGCUGUGAGGGCCUGUGGCUGUGAAGGCUGAGCCGAGACCAGAGCCCGGAAGGUGCGGGGGCCCUCCAGGCUCUCAGAGCAGGCAGCACCCUGGCCUGCCCAUCAGCGGGACAGAGCUCUUGGUCCCGCUGACCCAGCGUCAGGGGGUAGGUUGCAGCAGCCUCUGCCUCCUCUUCCUGGGCUCCUCCGUGCCCCUCCCCGUGCUGCCCAGCUCCCCUCUUCAUUUCACAGCCUGGAGGCUGGGAGGCCACAAGGUGGGGCCUGGGAGGCGGGGCAGAAUGAUGGGGAGCAUCUCGGCACCGACAGUCUGGGUUACCAGGUGGGCUCCUUGGCACCUUCCCAGGGGGUGGAGAGGAGUGGUCCGGCCCUCAGCUGGGGCCCUGGGCAUCACUGCUGUUGCUGGGGUAACCGGGGGAGUCCAGGCUUCUCCACGCCUCUGGACAGCGCUGGCCUCAGCCUGCCAGUCCUCUGGUCAGGGCGCUCCCCUCCCCCAGGCUCCAAACAAGGCUCGGGCUGCGGACUCCUGGGAAGGAAGUUGACAACAGAAUCGCUGCUCCUGAAUAGUGCACACUCCACAGGCCUGGCCGAGCCAGGGCCAGGCCAUCCGUGGUCAGGGUGGACGGCUGACGUUUGUUGAGCACUUACUACCUGCUAGGCACUGCUCCUAUUAUUCACUCAUUUAAUCCUCAUCUUUUUCUUAAUACAAAUUUUAACAUUUUGUGUUGAAUUUAUUAGGGUGACAUUGGUUAAUAAAACGAUAUACAGAAGGUCCUCUGGUUACGUCAGAGAUCCGUCCCUAUGGUGCAAAGUAACACGAUUUUCGCCCUAAGUCGGAACCCACCUACAUAAGCACCUACGUCACUCACAUGGAGCACAGACACAGCAGUAAUGAAGUGAAACAGUAAAAAAAAAAAAAUUUUAAAGAUAACAAUUCCUGACCUUUACUUGUGGUAAAUAAAUAAUAAAAAACAUAAAGCACAUAUGUACAUACAUCAAAAUGACAGAACUUUUUUUUUUUAUAAAUAAAUGGGAGAUGGCGACGUAACCACGAAACGAUGUACAUUGAGUCCAACGAGGACUGCCUGUAUAUCCUAAGAACCCCGAAACACCCAUCAGAAAGAAUGUAUGCACCCCUACGUUCAUAGUAGCACAAUUUACAGUAGCUAAGAUCUGGAAACAGCCCGAAUGCCCAUCAGGAGAUAAGUGGCUAAGAAAGCUGAGAUACAUUUAUGCCAUUGGAAUACAGUAUUUCUAGAAGUGGGGUCAUUGGGUCAAAUUUAAGCAGAAUCACCUGCAGGGCUGGUUAAAACACAAGUUGCCGAGUCCUAUCAGAGUUUUUGACUCCUAAGUGUUGGUGGGCCUGAGAAUUUGCAUUGUGACCCUGGGUGAUGCUGAUGUGGGUGCCUAGGGGCCACACUUUGAGAACCAUUGCCUAUGCCACUGCUGUCCAACAGAAAUGUAAUGUGAGCCACACAGGUCAUUCAGAUUUUCUGGCAGCCCUGUUAUAAAAGCGAAAAGAAACAGGUGACAUGAAUUUUAAUAAGAAUUUCAUUUCACCCGACAUAUUCAGAAAUUAUCAUUUUAACAGGUAAUCAAUAUAAAAAUAGCAAUGAGAUUGACAUUCCUUUUGUAUUAAAUUGAUGGGAUCCGGUGUGUGUCUUUACACACACAGCCCGUCUCAGUUUGGACUACUUAUGCUGCAAGUGCGUGAUAGUCACAUGUGACCAAAUGAUUUCCUGGCGAGCCAGAGGUUCCCCACCCCUCUAGGCGGGGAGGGGUGGGGGCAGAGGAGAGCCCGGUGAUUGGCCAGGUGCUUCCCAGCGGCGCCCUCUGCUGGUAGCUGGCUGUGCUGCCAGCCAGGCUCAUUCCCCACCCUAUCACAGGAGCGCUGAGAGGAUCGGAUGAGCCGGCUGGGCGGAGGGGAGGGGACACUGUUGACGCCCCAGCAGGGACAGGCGCGCUCUGUUGACAGAAAUGCCAGGUUGAGCCAUGGCCACAUUGAUCCAGAAGUCUCUGGUGUUGACCUGUGCAGCAGAGACUAUUAACGAACACCCACUCAUCUUAUUAGGUCUAGCUGGAUAGCCUCCCACUCCCACUUGCAUCCUGCGGCUGCUCCAGGCCUGUCUCAUGGGGGACCCAGACUGUGGCCUCAACAGUUCAGGACCUGGCCCUGCCCUCCUUGCCCUCAAAGGACAAUUGUUCGGGGUCCUCCCUUCACACUGCCUCCAACCCCUGGAGCUUUCGCAGCCCAGAAAGGGCUGAGACCUCUCCGCCUCCCUUGGCCCCGCAGCCUGGGCAACCAGAGGUCUCCUGUAUGCGCCUGCGGCUGCUGCUCACCGCCACACGGGGGCGCGCCAUCUACUGGCCCUUCGGGGAGGUCGUUCCUGGUCCCCGUUCCAGAAAGGACGCCCUGGCUGUCAUCCCAGGGGCAGAAAUCCUGUCUCUUCUGAGCUGGGCCCAGAUCUAAAGCUUGGCGCUGUCUGUCACCCCGCAGCCCCUACUCCCCUGACAGUCAUGUUCCUAAUGGGGACUGUGCUUGGCUGUACCUUUUCUGUUUUCCUGUCCCCCAACAUCCCCUGGACUGGCCCACGAGUGGGCAAGGGACAUGUCCUCUCCUCAGAAACCCAGCAGCAUUUGUCUUUGGGCGCCCCCUCGCCAACCCGGAGGAUCUUUAUCUGGACUAGGAGUGGGCACUGUGGUAGAGUGGGAACUUUUCAGCUCUGCUGUACUGGCUACAGACCCCAGCUACAAAUGAUAAAACAGCAUGCUGCUAGCUCAACCCCCUAAGAUGUGGUUUUAUCACCUUUGCAGUUUGCCCCCAGGAUAGCUGAAACCUGCGUUAUGUAAGUUUGCUGUUGUUCCAUUUAGCUUGCCAACUAGGAUGUGGUGUUAGUGCUUAAAAGCUGUUCUGCACCCGAGGUCAGGGCUGCUCUCUGGACUCCCUGCGUGGAGAAAGGGUGAGCAGUCACUGGCCAGUAAUAAAGGCUCCUAAAUUUUCA